AUGUCUAGAGAACACACUUUAUUAAAAGAAGAAAACGUUCGUAAAACAGCUACCUUAUCAGGUGGUAUUCAAACUUAUCCCUCUAACUUUAACUUUUCUAAAAUUAUUAAUAAAUUUCAGUCAUCACUUUUUAACGAUACUUCUGAAAGCGAUAUUAGUGAUUUGAAGAACUCUGUGCGAGAUUUUAAGAGAAAUCAUCAUAUGAAUAGCAACAUUAAAAACUACACAUGUGAAAAAAAUGAUUUAUGUACAGAUGAUGAAAUCGAGAGUGUAUCAACCGAAGUCCAAAAGUUCAUUACAAAGAUGAGUAAAUUGAAGCACCGUCUUUUGAACUUCUCUGAACGCAACCAAAUAUUCACAGUCAAUAAAAUCUUUACAGACGAUGAGAGAAAGACAAUGAGAAAAUUCUGGGAAAUUGGAGAACCAUCGGACGAAGAAAAGCCAACUCGUCACGUCAAUCUAAAUUGGAAAGGAACAACUGUCGUUAGAUAUUCAUCGGCAAACUAA